GAACGUUUCCUCUACCACGCCUCCCAUCUCAUCUUCAACCUGUCCAGUCGCAAUCGUCUCUCUUACAGAAUUUGUGAUGUACCAGCCUCGCUUGUCCUACUAGCGGCCUCGCUUUCGUGGACUCGUCAUACAACCACCGACACUUUACAUCUGGCAUCUUCUCACCCCGGUCCACCUGCACCCAAGAUCUUGAACACCCGGUUGCCGCCGUACCAAGAGAUCUACGCACGGUCUACCAUCCGUCGCGACAUUCAGUGGUAGUGCUGUGUCCUUUCAUUCCUGAACCUCCGUUGCCGCAGUUCGGGCGAUCGCAGCCCAAGACCCUAUAUUCUCUCACAGACGCAUACCGGGUCUACUCCUCGCCGACGAUUUCUCCCAUACUCUGUGAGGGCUUUUGCUGGCCAAAAGCUGCACAAGGAGAUCAAGAACCGUGGCUAGGUGAUGAGGUAGAGGGAUGAACAGGCACCACGCCUUCACGAAUGGCUAUGCCGCCAACAAGAAAAGAGAUGAUGAUCACUACCAUGGCAAUUACUCGGACAAGUCAGAUCUAGAGAGCAAAUACAUCUGGGGAAUGAAUGACCUGGUCGAGGACGAAAAGCCCGACCCGUCAUUCAGUCGGACGCGCAAAUUCGAGCCUCGACGGAAAGCUCUCUACACGCGCUCUCGUCUUAUACGGUUGGGUCUUGCCGCCGUUGGGACGCUUGCCAUAUUAUCAUGGUUCUUCUUCCCCUCCUCUGCAAGUCUGUCGUUAUUAUCAGGCGGCUCCACCUCCUCACAGGGUGAUUUCGAGAUCGAAACCCUACGAUAUUAUGACCUAGGGGAUGUUCAAGGUACCUCUGUUGGAUGGGAGAGAGAAGAGCGAGUAUUGCUCUGUACACCUCUAAGAGAUGCCGCACCUCAUUUGCCGAUGUUCUUCGCGCACCUGCGGAACUUUACCUAUCCACACCACCUCAUCGACUUGGCUUUCCUUGUCUCGGACUCCAAGGAUAACACCGAAGAAUUGCUUGAGCAGAUGCUUGAAGCCCAGCAAGCAGAUCCCGACCCUUCACAACCUUAUGGCGAGAUUUCCGUCAUACACAAAGAUUUUGGGCAAGCCGUUGGGCAAGAUGUGGAGAGCAGACACGGCUUCGCUGCACAAGCAGGGCGCAGGAAACUCAUGGCACGUGCGAGGAACUGGCUACUCAGUGCGGCUUUGAGGCCUUAUCACAGUUGGGUGUAUUGGCGUGACGCUGAUGUUGAGACUUGCCCAUUCACGAUUAUUGAAGAUCUCAUGCGCCAUGACAAAGAUGUUAUUGUGCCUAAUAUCUGGCGUCCGUUACCUGAUUGGCUAGGCGGAGAGCAGCCAUACGACCUGAACUCGUGGCAGGAAUCCGAGACCGCCAUCGCCCUAGCUGAGACAUUAGAUGAAGAUGCUGUCAUUGUCGAAGGUUAUGCCGAAUAUGCCACGUGGCGUCCUCAUCUUGCUUAUCUCCGUGAUCCUUACGGCGACCCAGACGUUGAGAUGGAGUUGGACGGUGUUGGCGGUGUUUCCAUCCUUGCCAAAGCCCGAGUGUUCCGCUCUGGCGUCCAUUUCCCAGCCUUUUCUUUUGAAAGACACGCAGAAACUGAAGGCUUCGGCAAGAUGGCCCGGCGGAUGCAGUACUCCGUGGUUGGCCUACCUCAUUACACCGUCUGGCAUCUUUACGAACCAUCCGUGGAUGACAUUAAGCAUAUGGAAGAAAUGGAGGCUGAGAAACGUGAAAGAGAAAGGCAGGAGAAAGAAGCAGCUGAGAAAGCCAAGAAGCUACAAGACGACUUUGAACAUGUGGGUUCUCAAUGGGAAAAGGAUAAACAGAGUAUUGCUGAAUCUGGCAAAAAGCUCGGAGCUCUCAACGCUGCUAACCUAGCUGCCGUCGAUGCUGCCAAAGAGGUAGUGGCCAGUGAUGGUUCUACAGAGAAGCUCGCAAAAGGUGACUCCAAGGCGAAAGCACCUAGGAAAGAAAGCGUCCGAAAGAUCAACACUCGCCAAGGAGACAAGAAAAAGGAGCUGGACGAUGAGAAGUUGGAAAAGACCGAGAAGGCUGAGAGCGUAAUGAGCAAUGAUGAAGCUGUAAAUCCAGCUGCAGCACCAGCAGAAGAGCCCAAGGCUGGCAAGAAGAAAGGUUACACAUGAUUAAUCACAAUCCGGUUGGCACGACGGUUGUACCUGGAGUGGUCUCGAAAUCAUGAAUCCUUUUAGGAAAAUGGGCGCAUUGAAUAUGGAAUAGACAUGGAGCGAUCAACUGAGCGGCAUCCACCAGUUUCGGAUGCACGGUCUUGAACUUUUGGCGAGCAGCAUGAGGAGGCCGGAAAAUAUAUCACACAUGUUUUCCCUGUACAAAAUAUCACAAGAACCCUCCUUGGAAUUGGUGUUGAAUGCGAGUAAUCGUGUCUAGACAGAUCGCGUGAAGCAGGCAGGCCACGAUUCACUCUUGACGUUGCCCGGAGGAUUGUGGUACGACCUUCGAAAAUUGAAAUAUGUUGCUACCCGUUGCUCGUUUCACUAUAAUUU